CUCCCUAUCUUCCAGAUGCCAUCACCAGUCUUCAGUAAAGGUGGAACAGUGCGGUGCUACUGCAACUUACCACGAUGUGUCACCAUGGGCUACAUGUGCAAGAGUAUCUUGGGUGCUUGUUUCACCAGAAACACCCCCACUCCCACCCAUGCCUACUCACAGGCUCGCAAGGUCUACCACCGUUAUGCUCCCAUGCAUGGCUGUGUUGAGUUGCUCUCCAUGGGUAGACAUGCCGAGUGUUUGAGGAAAGGUGAAGUGCACAGUAUGGAGACCCGUGAGACUCCUGUGCCUGUUAUUCAGCUCCACCCAGACCCUGACCUCACCUGCUGCAACCAGGAUAUGUGUAACUACCGCAACAUCAAUGUUUAUGUCCAGGUGGAUGGCAAUUAUGACAGCCAGACAGGUUAUAGAAGAGCGCUGUCUGAAAACUCCUUUGUAUCCUGGGGGAACUUCUGACCCCAUUCCUCAUCAUCCCUUGUAUUAUCAUUCACCCAUCAUCAAGAAUUCUUCCAUGGCCCACAUGAACUUCAGAGCCCCUUUUGAGGAAAAACCACCAAAUUAUAGAUCACCAGAAAUAAGUAUUUGUAAUUUAGAAGAAAUUAAACCAUUAAAUACCAAGAGCCAAGAUGAACAGUGGGAUCAAAGGGAUGCAGAGAGUCCCCUACCGUCAUGAAAACUAAACAAAAUACGUACCUUGCAACCACCAAAGACUGUGUUUUGGCUGCAAGUUUGUGAAUAAACAGUGAAUGUUUCAGUGAGUGGAUGUGGAAGUAGUGAAAUUGAAAGGAGUUGACAUCCACACUUUCAUUUUUCUCUUGCUAUAUUGCAGAUAAAUGAUACAAUACCACAUAAUCAGUGUGGAAUGCCAUAUUUUAAUCUAGAAUAUUAGGCUGUUUUCAUAAAUAUUGUUUGAAUGCUUUACAGUAUACAUAAAUAAAAAACAGGUUUAUACCGAAAAUGUAGAAAAUUGCACAAAAAAUUACCUGAAGUUGGUCAGUUUUUUAUAUGCAUGUUUAUGUAGAGUACAGUAUAUCUGCAGAGAAUUAUUAUUUUAUCAAAAGGCUAAAUUCGUACGUGUAAUACAGUGCUAGAGAAACUGAUGAGACUGUUAUUAAAGGAUAAGAAUUUUUUUUUUUACCAUAUUGGUUACGAGUGCUAAGAAAGAUGUAUUCUGUGAUUUGUUGCUCAAAGGGGAUUAAAAAAACUAAUAUUUUUAGAACACUAUAAUGUUGGUAGAGAGCCAAGUAGAGGUUGGUUCAAAAUACUUCAUGUACACAACUCAACUUUCAAGCAGUAUUCAUGGCAGUGUUCAUUUUCACAUGCUAGAUUAACUUCAUAUUGAAAAUGGUAUUGUUAUACCAUCAAGAUGUGGAGAAAGACCCUCAUGUAUAGCGAAGGACAUAUAUUAAAGGAAAUGUUUUGCCAUGAUUGGCUUCUUCAGUUCUAAUGACUGAAGAAACCACUCCUGGUGAAACAUUUCCUUUAAUAAAUGUCCUGAACUGUACAUAAAUUUCUUUUUCCAUAACUUCAUAUCAUUUGCUGUGAUUUUCAACUCAAUUAAGCAAGAUUGCUUUGUUGAGUCAUUUGAGACUUGCUGUCUGUGUAUCCUUGGUGCUCUCUUUGUCAACUAUGUAUUUAGUCAUGUAAGAACAUGUCAGGCCAGUGUGUCAGUGCAAUAGCCAGGUGUCUCAUAUUACAACCCAUACUCCUAAGUCUAAGCCAGUAUCUCAGGUACUGCUUUUAGUAAGUUUCUUGAUUUAUGUUUGGUUGGACUGUUGUCUGUUAAUAAAAAUUAAACCAGUUCUAAUAUCCACAAUGCCAGUAGAUGAAAUAUUUAAUUAAGUCAAUAAGAAAUUUUGAGGCUUAAUUAGAAAAUGUGGGACCUAUCGAGUGUGUGCUACAACACAGUCAGAUGACAACUGCUAAAGGCUCUUGAAGAGUCUCGCAUCAAAUUGUUUUAGCCACAGCACAGUACUUUGAAUAGGAGGAUGGGCUGAAUAUUAACAUCAAAGUUAAGUUUUCAUACAAAAGUUGGAUGACUGUUGCAUUAGGCAUAAUUGCUGAAUAUAGUAGAUCUUCAUACUUCUCAUAUUUUUAAGUGUAUCAAAAACUAUAUAGCCAUUGCACUCUAAUGUAAAUGAAUAAUGAAUGGAUUGUGAAAAAAAAUUAUAUAUGCUAUUUGCUGUUAAGCAGUAUUAUUUCCUAUCCUAGAUGUGUUUUUUUUAAUGCCAGAAAUUAAGUGAUGUUUGCUUGAAAUAAAAGCAAUUUCAGCUUGUUUUAUGACUGUACAAUCAGAUUUAUUGUUGCUUUGAUGUGAAUACACGACAAUGGUACUAAUUUUCUGGUUAUUGCAUGUAUAUACUGUUUUAUAGAAUAAAAGCCACAUAUAGGAUUACCUGGAAACAUAGUCUGUGAUAUAUUUUAUUUGCUUUUUCCCAUUUUUUAUAGUAUUCAAAUGGUGCUUUGGAUGAGAAGCAUUGAUAUCUUCGUGCCUUCCAGAAGAGCUCAGGAUUUCUGUUAAUCUUUAAUUUUUUCUUUUUUAUUAAAUUUAAUUAUACUGUACUUUUAUAUUUUCAUUGUUAAAGAUCUGUUAAACUUCCUUUACAUUUAACAGUUUGAAAAAUAACUGCCAUAUUUAAGAGCACAAAAUACAUGGCAAGACUCAUGAACUCUUAUUAAAGAUUGUAAGAAGCUCCUGGAACAGAUAAUUAGAACUGGUGGCAAGCCAGUCCUAAAAUUAGAAGGCUUACAUUGUAACUGCUACACCAUGCUGAUCUAAAGCAAUCAGCUAGAUUAUUUCCUUCCACUUGGUGGUGAGCAUGGACCCACUGACCACAAAUGAUAUGAGAUCUGUCUGUUAAAACUUUUAUUUGUGGUCACAGUGGGGUUCAUAACCUCAAAGGUGUAUGGAGACAUGCCUAACUGGCUAACUCUUAAUAGGCUGGCAUAGUGUAGUGGUUAGAACACUGGCCUGCUAAUUUUAGGAUUGGCUUGCCUAUGGUUUGAAUCCUAUUUGUCCUGCGAGUUACACUGUGAGAAUGGAUUUCUAAGGCUUUGUUGGGAUUUUAGAGUAUUUGAACUUGUGCAGUAUGUAGAUAACUUAACUUUUUAUGGUAAGGCAUUUUGGUCCAGGAAUAUACUGUAACAUUUGGGCAUGUUCAGUAAUUCCAGUGACAUUUUAAUUUCUCCAAUUGCUAUCAUGCUCCAUCAGAAUCUGCCAUCAUAUGCUUUUAAAAGUAAAAAGUGAACACUAGUUCCUAUUCUCUGCAUUCCUUAAGUUUGUGCACAGGUUAAUAAGAGAAAACCCAACUUGUACAAUUUAAGUUGCUAUCUUCAAAUUAAUCUGGGUCACAGGUGCUUCUCCAAGGCUUAUUUUCCAGCAUUAAUAAAUUAAGGAAUAUGCACUCUUACACAAGGAAGUUCUAGAUUGAUUGUACUGAAGUUUCAGAACAAAAGAUUUUUUAUUAUAAUCAGAACAAGAUAAAUUUAGGCAAAUAAAUUACAUGGCCAGUAUACAUUUCAAACACUCAUUAAGUAUCAAAUACCAUUAAGUAAAAGAAACUGAUCACAAAUGAGUUUGUCAAUUCUCUGGUAGUGAAUGGAGGGGCUCUGCAUUUAUAGCCCCUCAAGGAAGGUUCCUUGAUGUUGGUGAGGGGCUCUUGAUUUAGGGAAUUGGAUCUGUGCUCCAGUUCCCCGAAUUAAGCCUGAAUGCCUUCCCCAUCCCCCCCCCCCCCCAGGCGCUGUAUAAUCCUCCGGGUUUAGCGCUUCCCCCUUGAUUAUAAUAAUAAUCUGCAUUUAUAACAUGCUAAAAUACCUUACUUUUUUGUUAGUUGCUAUAGAUUAAUCUUCUGAAUUGAUGAACUGUGUUAAAUUCACAAGAAAAUGCUAAUCAGUUAACUGCUAGGUGUGCUAGAAAUUCAAUACUGUUAGUAUUAAAAACUUUGCAGGAAUUUUAUAAGAACAAAAUGCCUUGUGUGUGUUGUUUUGUAAAGGAAAUAAAGUAUUUAUUACAAACAA